UUCGUACGCACACGGGAAGUUACUUCGUAAUUAAAUGCUAGACUUUGUUAUUUACUGUUUUUAUACGCAAGGAUUUUGAUUAAUACAAAAUUUUAAUAAAAUUACAAGAGCAAUAAAUAAUCUUAAAUUGUGACAUAGAUAUGUUGUUAAUAACUAAAUUCAUAUACCAAUGUAAACAUUUCCAGUAAAAUGACAACAGUAAAAAACAUUAGAACUAUUUCGGCACACAAAAAUGAUAUAAAUUGCUGUGUUUUUACUUCAGAUGGAAAAGCUGUUGUAUCUGCUUCAGCUGAUAAAACUACACGGGUUUUCAAUGUUAAAAACGGGAAAGAAUUAGUUUUUUCUCCUUUAUGUGAACAUAUCUAUUCUGUUACAACGUGUGCCCUUUCACCAAUAUAUAAAAUUUUGGCUACAGGAUCUCGAGAUUGCACUGUAAUAUUAUGGGAAGUAACAACUGGAAGGAAAAUUACCGUGUUGAUGGGAUGCAAGGGUGCUAUUCGAUGCUGUUCAUUUUCAGAAAAUUUGCCAUAUCUUGCUACUUGCUCAGAAGAUUCAUCAAUUAUGGUUUGGAACAUUUUAACUUAUGAGUUGUUAAAUACACUUCGAGGCUCAGAAUUUGCUUUGAUUACUUGCAGAUUUACACCUGAUGAUUUGUACAUAAUUUCUGGCUCUUUAAAUGGAGACAUUAGAGUUUGGGAUUUAAAUUCAAGUAAAUGCAUGAAUGUUGUACUAGCUCAUGACUGUGGUGCCAGUGGUGUUGGCUUGAGUAGUUGUGAUUUUUCACCUAAAUAUGGUGCUGCUUCUAAUCUUGAAUCCUCCAGUGGGAAGUCUGUAUGUUUUUUUUUUGCUACUUGUGGGGGAGAUAAUUUGGUUAAAUUAUGGAAUUUGUAUACUGCAUCAGCAUACUCUGAAGAAUGUUCUAUCCAACCAUAUUCUGUUUUGGAAGGUCAUAGUUCUCCUGUUUCUGACUGCAAAUUUUCUAUUAAUGGCGAUUUGCUUGGCUCGUGUUCUGUUGACAAAUCUGUUAUUCUUUGGGAUCCAGAAUUCGGGAAGGUUUUAACAGUGCUUACUGGUCACACAAGGUAUAUAACCUGCAUUGCUUUUUCACCUGAUGGUCGUCAUAUAGCUACUGGUUCUAAUGACAAGACUCUACGAAUAUGGGAGAUAGAACAUUAUCAAAAAUGUUCAGCUUCCUCUGUUAUAAAGACACAGUGUUCAACAUCAGUUAACAAAUGGACUGUUCAUGAAGUAUGUGUAUGGUUAAGUUCAAUAGGUUUUGAUAUAUAUAUAGAUGUGUUUACAAGAAAUGCAAUAGAUGGAGCAGAAUUAAUGCUGCUUGAUGACUAUAGUCUUUCAAACGGAUUAAAUAUUGUACCUCUUGGUCAUCGUAACAAAAUUAUCCGAGAGAUAAGACAAUUGAUGUCCAAUCAAAACAAACACCAGAGUGUUAUUCCACAUGAAUAUUUAUGUCCAAUUACUUUAGAACUAAUGACAGACCCUGUUAUUGCUGCAGACGGUUAUACUUAUGAGAGAGCAUUCAUAUCUAUGUGGUUGGACGCAGGGAAUGAAACCAGUCCUAUGACAAAUGCUCCAUUGGCUAACAGGUUGCUUGUUCCUAAUCGAUCAUUGAAAAAUAUUAUUAAAAGCUACUUUGAACCUGCAGGAUCAAAUUGUGCUAAUUCAUGAUUCAUUAACACUAUACACCAGAAUCAAGUUCGUUAUGACAGUGGAAAAUCGUUUCUGUACAUUGUAAAAUUAUUUGAUAAACAUUUUUAAAAAUAUUUUAAAAGAAAAUAUAUUUAACGAAGUUAGCGAUUGAACGUUUAAUGGUUUUAUGCUAAAACUUGCUGUUUUGACGUUAACAGUUUAAAUUUUGAUAUUUUCGUCUUUUCUUUUCUGACUGCUAAAUAUAAACUAUUUACAGUUAAUUACUAUAAUGUACAAUAUUAUCUAACUUUAAAAAAUUGCUCAGAGAAAAUUUGACAACAAUCAACUUUCAAUGUUACCAGUAACAAAAAAUUUAAUUAUAAUUUGAAAUUAAAAGUUUUAUUUUGGUUUUGGCCUGUGUUAUAGCGUCGUUAAACAUGUCGUAUUUGGCUUCUCUUAAAAGCAGAUAUUGUUUUUUUUAUUAUAAUGUAAUUUUAAUGUACAUAAAUGGAAAUUUUUUGAAAAUUA